UUUCCUUAAUCCAAAUUCAGGACACAUUUUCGCAAACAAGACAUAGCUGGUUUCACUUAUCAAAAGACUGGAAAAACCCUCCAACUACACCAUUUCCCAGUAUGUAUAAAUCCCACCUGACACCUGGUAUAGCAUACAUUCCUUGAUCAACCUCUGCCUCAUCACAUGCAGAUUGAAGAAUCCGUUACAUUUCUCCUGCUUGGAUACGUUCAGUCAUGGAUAUGGAGGAAUGGACGUGUGGAAAGUGCACAUUCGUGAACAGUGGCGACCUGCAGAACUGCAAUGUAUGUUCCGCGUCAAAGCCACGCCGGGAACCUGGACUACCCAAUCUGUUCAAUCCAGAACCAAUGGGUUAUUAUCAUGGACAACAGCAAAAGGGGGGGUCAUAUGGGUGGUCCACAGACCUCUGCCCGACCAAUGAGAGGAGAAUAGUUUUCCUUGGCAGAACAGGGUCAGGGAAGAGCGCCACCGGCAAUAACAUUUUGGGGAAAAUAGUAUUCGAAUCAAGUGCCUGUGGGUCAUCUGUAACCAAAAGGUGCCAGAGAGGGAGAGGGAGCAGAUUUAACAGGGACAUUCAAAUAAUCGACAGUCCUGGGUUGUUUGACACAGGUAUGACAAAUGCUGAAAUCACGAAGGAAGUAGUGAAAUGUGUCGCCAUGACAGCUCCUGGUCCCCAUGCCUUUGUCCUCGUUGUCAGGAUUGACCGUUUUACGCAGGAAGAACAUGAUACGGUUCAACAUUUCAGGCAGGUCUUCGGAUGUGACAUGUUGAACUACCUCAUUGUUCUGUUCACAAGAAAAGAUGAUCUACAUCAUGAAAAAAAAUCCCUACAAGAGUAUUUGAAGAAAGUGCCUCAGGAACUGCAAGUUCUACUCAAGUCUUGCAACAACAGAUGUAUUGCCUUCAAUAACAGAGGCAGUGAUGAGGAGAAGAACAAAGAUGUCCAGGACUUCCUCACACUGGUGGACAGGGUGUUCCUUGACAACGGAGGCAAGUGCUACACCAGUGAAAUGUAUGUUGAGGCUGAGAAGAACAUGAAAAUGAGAGAAGGACAGUUGAGACAGAAACAUGAACAGAAGAUCCAGGAAGAGAGAAAUGCAAUCAGGCGAGAUUUCGAGCUGAAACUUCAGAUGAAGCACGAUGAAAACGCGGAUAUGAGGAAACAAUUGGAGGAGAGAAUAAAAACACUGGAAAAAGAGAAAACCGAAGAAGCAGAUAAGAAAGCUGAGAGGGAGAUGGCUGCACUUUCAAAGGAAAUGGAAGAACUGAAACUAGCAGUGAAAGGAGCGAAGGAAGAAAAGGAGGAAUCAGAGAGACAGCUGGAGUUGGAGAGCAGGAGGAGGGAACGAGAUGCCAUUAAGAGAAUUGAAGCCGAAAGACCAGACUUCCGAGACGAGACGCGAGAAGAAGUCAAUGAAGAGAAACCCGGUAUAAUGAGCAUGCUUGGAUCAGUGCUGCCUGCGCUCAUUGGGAGUGUCCUUCCGUCUAUCAUACCGGCUGCUGGGAAGCUUUUAAAAGGGCUGUUUAAAAGAUAGAACACCACUCGAAGGCCAACUUGUUUGGAAUGGGCAUUUGUGUUUGUGUUGAUGAGACCAUCACCCGGCCUUUUGUAAACAUUGAUACAAAUGCAAUUCAAGUAGCUCUAUGCAGUGCAAUUGCUUUUAAGGCAAUAACACCAAUGAAAAUAGCUAACAAUUUGUCUAUAUCGCUGUGUGUGAUUACAUGAUACACAUGGGGUUUCGAGAAAGACGUUGUAUCUUAGUUAACACUUGUGUUUCGAUGCAGAUUACACAUUCAGGACAGUACUUUAGACAGUACUUUAGAAUCAUGUACAGGAAUGACAUAUUUAUGGUUACAAAUAGAAUAUUUAAUCAAUUCAUAAAAUGUUACUUCAUGUGAUGAAUAUACUUCUUAUAUAUGGAUUUGCCUGCGCAUUGUUUGUGUGUUGUUUAACGCCACAUCCAGUGAUAUUCCAUCAACAAUCAGUGAUAUUCCAUCAACAAUCAGUGAUAUUCCAUCAACAAUCAGUGAUAUUCCAUCAACAAUCAGUGAUAUUCCAUCAACAAUCAGUGAUAUUCCAUCAACAAUCAGUGAUAUUCCAUCAACAAUCAGUGAUAUUCCAUCAACAAUCACCCCGUGAAUAUCCCGGGUAGAAUAGGUCUUCAGCAACCCAUGAUGCUUGCCGUAAGAGGCGACUGACGGUAUCGGGUAGUCAGACUCGCUGACUUGGUUGAUGCAUGUCAUUGAUUCCAAUUACGUCGAUCGAUGCGUAUGAUAUUAAUCACAUCAUACCGGCUGCUGGGAAGUUAAUUAUAGGAUUGUUUAAAAAAUAAAACACCUCUUGUCGGACAAACUUGUUUGAUAGAGAAUAAAAUAAAUGGCAUUCGGUUGUUAUCGAAUCAUCAGCUAUUAUCCGCCCUUUUGUACAAAUGAACUGCAAGGAUCUAUAUUCGUUGCAAUAAGUUUUUAUGCUACAAUAACAACUUUUUUUAUACAGCAAAACAUUUCCACAUAUCGCUGUGCUUAAUUACAUGGUACAACACAUUUUUAGUACUUAUUAAACAAAUUGUGUUCCCACGUAGAUAACACUUUCAGUGUUCACUGGAUUACACGGUGACGUUGUGACGCCAUUGCAAGGACGUGACUUGAGAUAUAUUUCAUGGUCACAAAUAAAACGUUAUGCUAAUAGUAAAAUAUGGCUUCACGUGAUGAAUAAACUUCUUAUAUCUCAA